AUGUCGGAUUCUUACACUUCCAGCCGCAACGGCGACCUUUCUCCUUCUCCCAACGGUAACCUCAAUGGCUCGUCCGCGUCUUUGACCCCCGCCCACCAAGCCGGCCUUUCCCCCAUCAUUCGCAAGAAACUCAUGGGCUACGUCGGCUUCGCCAACCUGCCCAACCAGGUUCACCGGAAGAGCGUGAGGAAGGGGUUCCAGUUCACUGCCAUGGUCGUCGGCGAGUCUGGGCUUGGCAAGUCUACACUCAUUAACACGUUGUUCGACACCCCUCUCUACCCUCCCAAGGUCCCUCUGCCUCCAAAUGCCGAGAGGCCACAGACUGUGGCUAUCGAGAGCAUUAGCGCUGACAUCGAGGAAAAUGGCGUCAGGCUCCGUUUGACUGUUGUUGACACGCCUGGCUUCGGUGACUUCGUCAACAACGACGAAAGCUGGAAGCCCAUUGUGGACAACAUUGAGUCCCGGUUCGACUCCUACCUGGAGCAGGAGAACAGGGUCAAUCGUCAGAAAAUUGUUGACAACCGUGUUCACGCCUGCUUGUACUUCAUCCAACCCACUGGUCAUUCUUUGAAACCCUUGGACAUUGAAUUCAUGAAACAGCUUCACGAUAAGGUCAACCUUAUUCCUGUCAUUGCUAAAGCGGACACCCUCACGGAUGUGGAAGUUGCCGAGUUCAAGGCCCGCAUCCUUGCCGACAUCGCCUACCACAACAUCCACAUUUUCCAAGCUCCCACGUACGAAAAUGAGGACGAGGAGACCAUUGCUGAGCACGAGGAAAUCACCAGCAAGAUCCCCUUCGCCGUCGUCGGUUCCGACAAGGUUGUCCCGACCGCGGAUGGUCGUGAAGUCCGCGGCCGUGUUUACCCCUGGGGUGUGAUCGAGGUCGACAACGAAGAUCACUGCGACUUCGUCAAGCUUCGCCAGAUGCUUGUCAGGACGUACAUGGAGGAGCUCCGGGAGUACACCAAUGAUGUGCUCUACGAGAACUGGCGUUCUCAAAAGCUCGCGAGCAUGGGUGUCGCCCAGGACUCGAGCGUGUUCAAGGAGGUCAACCCGGCUCUCCGCAUGCAGGAAGAGCGUAUCUUGCACGAGGCGAAGCUCGCCAAGAUGGAGGCCGAGAUGAAGAUGGUCUUCCAGCAGAAGGUGCAGGAGAAGGAGGCCAAACUCAAGCAGUCCGAGGAAGAGUUGUACGCCAGGCAUCGGGAGAUGAAGGACGCUUUGGACAAGCAGCGACAGGAUCUCGAGGACAAGAAGCGGAAGAUCGAGAGCGGCAGGCCUCUGACGCCAGAGAAGGCAACCCAAAAGACGAGGAAGGGCUUCCUUCGCGCGUAAAGGGUUGUCUGUCUCUAUCUCGGACUCGUAAAAUAUUCGCCUAUUCCUUACUCCCCACUCCCCUUCUGCUUUCGUCUUUACUAUUUGCACCACUCUGUGCUGCAUUGCUCUCUCUCUCUCGGUCUUGUUCACAUAUCGUACAUUCCAUCUGCCUCUGUAUCAGC